CGGACAGUCCGCUUUCCACGCACGGAUAACAAGAGUGGGAGCGUGUUCUGGAUAGAGCGAGGAGCGAGUGGAAGAAGAGAGGAGGAAAAUUAGGAAGAAGAGGAAAAAGUGAGAGGAAAACAAGCAGAAAAGACGCACAAGUGUUUUUUUUUUCCCCAACUGGACAGAGAGAAGAAGAAAGUGUGUGUGUGAGAGGGAGACAGAAGGAGAGAGUGUGUGUGCGCUCUUCACCACUCUCCACUUCUUCCAUCACCACCACCACCAUCUAAAUGUCGCUCCCCGGCUCCCCUCCGCUCCUCUCGCCGGGCUCUGGCGCCCCAACUCCGGCCGCGCUCUACCGCUCGGCCCCGGACGCGCUCCACACCUCCGUCGCCUCCACCGGCACCUCCAGCCCGGGGCACACCAACUCCCACUCUCACUCACACUCGCUGUCCCCAUCUCCGCGGCUCACCAGCAGCAUGCUCAGCGCUUUCCUGCCCGGACCAGGGGGCGCACUGGCCGGAUUGGGCAACGGCGGCGCCGCCCCGCUUGUGUCCGGAGGCGGUGCCGCUCUGGGUCCUCUCGGAGGGCUCGGCUCGCUGAACGCAACCGGCCUGACCCCCGGCUCCCCCGGCUUGGCGCAGACGUCCUCCAGCCCGGGUCUUUGCAGCGAGUGCAAGCUGGUGGAGGUGCACGGCGUGAAGGUGGCCAGCUUCAGCGUGGACGGCCAGGAGCUCAUCUGCCUGCCGCAGGUGUUCGACCUCUUCCUGAAGCACCUGGUGGGCGGGCUGCACACCGUCUACACCAAGCUGAAGAGGCUGGACAUCGCGCCGGUGGUGUGCACCGUGGAGCAGGUGCGCGUCCUGCGGGGGCUCGGCGCAAUCCAGCCCGGCGUGAACCGCUGCAAGCUCAUCUCCCGGAAGGACUUCGAGACGCUGUACCAGGACUGCACCAGCGCCAGCUCUCGUCCGGGCCGUCCUCCGAAGCGUUGUUCUGGUGCAGGGAUCCAGGAAAGCCCCAGGCUGCUGCACCCGGGCCUCCCCGGCCUGCUGUCCCCCAACCUGCUGUCACACACCGGCCUGACAGCAGCAGCCAUGGCCGAGCUCCAGAAGCUGCAGAAGAUGAAGAUGAUGAUGAGUCUCCAGAACGGCAACGAGUCGGACAACGACGACUUACACUCCAACACAGGAGGGAGUGAGUGUUCCUGGGAUAAGGAGCGUCUGACCAGCCCCCCUGCUGGAGCCCACGGUGGAGGACCAGGAGGUGGCGGAGGAGGCGGUGGUGGAGGAGCAUCAGUAGGAGGAGGAGGAGGAGGAGGUGGUGCAGCAGGUGGAGGAAGUGGGCGGGGCCCGGCCAUUGGAGCUGUCAAUCAACAACAACUGCAGCAGCAGCAGCAACAGCUACUGGCCAACAGGCUGGACCUGCCCUUCAUGAUGAUGCCCCACCCUCUGCUUCCCAUGGGUCUGCCGCCUGCAUCUGUAGCCAUGGCGAUGUCGCAGAUGAACCACCUCAACACCAUAGCCAACAUGGCUGCUGCUGCCCAGCAGAUACACACUCAUGUACACCGGGCGCCUGUCAUCAAGGAGAGAGUGUGCGACAGUCCUUCCCUCUCUCCAUCUGUCGACGAGACCAACACUCCACUGCAGUCGCAGCCCAGCAGCUCGGCCUCCAGCUCGCCUGAAAGACUGGGAUUGGUGUCAGCUGAUGCAGAUGUUGCGCUGACCAACCCAGCUGCACCCAUCAAGAAAAUAACAAAGGACAAAGACGCUGCUGUAGCCGAGGAUAAGCCUGAAGUUAAUGGAAACCAGCAAGACAACGGCGCUGUACAAGGUACCUGA